AAAAUCGCCUCUACGAUGCAGGCCGACGAAAUUGUCAAAAUAUCGGACCUGCUGGGUUGGACUGAACGGAUGUUAACGCCAUUCGGCAUGUGGCCAAAGGACAAACAUGACCUACGUUUCGCCGUGAGCUUUGUCUACAUGGCCGUUCACGUUGGCAUGGAAUGUGCAGAUUUUACACGUCAUAUGGGUGACCUCCAAAAUCUUUUGGACAACUUGUCCGAGACGACCAUCUACAUGAUUUUGUUUGCAAAGGUAAUCGUUUUUCACAAAAAUCGGAUAUUGGCUCAGAUGAUCGACGCCAUGAAUGAAGAUCGUACGGAUUUCAAGAACAACAGGAGCAUCGACGAGCAACGAUUGUACGCCGCGUACAAUGCGAUGGCGAAAACAUUUUUCAAAAUUUUGGUACCCCUGGUAUUUUCUACUGCCAUUCUGUACUAUUUGAGGCCUCUGGCUGGACUCAUAUUUUCAAAAGUCCACAAUGGUAAGACACCCUAUGUCUUACCGUACCGGACUCGUUAUUCGUUCGAAAUCACAGAGGUCUACACGUAUGUUUUGGCCUAUUUGUAUCAAGGGGGAACAUUGCCACUAGUCACCGUCGGCUUGAUCGGAUCCGACGGUUUGUUUAUAACGCUCAUGUUGCAUAUAUGUGGAGAACUUUCAAUAUUAUCCAGCAAAAUAGCUGCUCUCAAAGAAGAUAAGGCAAACUUUCAGCAUAGUGGGAUUCGGAGCAUUGUUAAGAGGCAUACACGUUUAAUGUGGAUGGCGGAGAAAAUGGACAAGGCAUUCACCAUCGUCUUGUUAGGCCAACUGUUCGGAUCUUCCUUGCUCAUUUGUCUCAAUGGGUUCAAUGUGAUUGUGAAUUCCGAAAGGGUUCAGAGGACCAGUUUGAUUACUUUCGCCUUCUACGAGGCCUCAAUGCUGACCUUUCUGUACGCCUAUUGUUUCAUCGGCGAGUGUCUGAUACAAGAGAGCAAACGUUUCAGAGAAGCUUGUUACGAAUGUGCCUGGUACGAUAUACCACCACAUCAGGCGAGGGAUCUCAUCGUAUGCAUGGCCAGAGCUCAGCAGCCUCUUUACUUGACUGCUGGAAAAAUUUACAUUUUCUCUUUGGAGAAUUUCACCCAAAUUAUCAAAACAACAAUAGCGUAUCUUUCCGUGUUGAGGACUUUAACGUAAUACGUUGGAUCACUCGCCUGUUCGCGAUUACUUGCGAAAUUGUGCCUGUGGCAAGAUUUUCUCUGCAUAAAUCGAAGUCACCAGCGAUUUACUGUAACAGAGUAAAUUGUCCGGAUGACUUCAUACUUGAC